CUUUAAAAAUCUCCAAAACAAACAACUCCAGGCUUCAGUGAUGACAUCAAUUCCUGGAUGGCAGCGCGGCUCUAAUUCCACUUCCAAACCGGAUUUCUAAAACUGGGAAUCGGGGGAGGGAGGAGAGAGGAGAGGCUGGCAAACAGACAACAACACCGGAUUGAGGAAACUGACGAGGGCAUACAAUGUGCAAAACAAACUAGUUUAAAGCUGACAGCCAUGCAGCCUGAGCCGCUUCAUUCACUGUCACAUCCAAGGAGAGGACAGGACCGCUCCUCCCCAACACUGCAGACCCGAAGAUCGCAUCCAACCCGCCGCUUGCAACCAUGCGUGUGUUUGCCAUCCUGAUGUUCGUACUGAUGGUGUUUUUUGGAGAGACUGAGGCGUGGGGUCCCGGGGGUAAAUACGCCGUGAAUUGCCCGGACAAAUGCAACCCGGCGCUGUGCGGCUCGACGCUGCGCUGCCGGCGGACGGUGCUGGAUGACUGCGGCUGCUGCCAGGUCUGCGCCGCGGGACGGGGUGAGCACUGCUACCGCACCGUCUCCGGGAUGCAUGGCGUCAAGUGCGGACCGGGACUCUUCUGCGACUUCUACAAGGAUGAGGAUGAUUAUGGGGAUGAAUAUGGCAUCUGUAAAGACUGCAUGUUUGGAACAUAUGGUAUGGAGUGCCGGAAAACAUGCGACUGUAAAGCUGGUGGACUUUGUGACAGAGAAACCGGCGCUUGUCUCUCCUUUAAAGUUCUGGCUAAAAUGGCCAUGUUGAAAUCUCAUUCAAAUGAAGGUAAUGAAGUGGGUUCAGGCGACACCAACACUGAAAGCAGCAGUAGUCGGGCCUCCGCUCGCAAUUUCCUCACCCCUCGCUGACAGCGCAACAGCAAUAUCUUUAGUUUACUCAGUGUACAUGUAGCAUAAUAAAUUAAAGGACCAAACGGAUAUAUUUUAAUAUGUUUAAAAAGGUCAAAGAAAAUGAUAUAUGUUUUAUUCUGUGUAUUUUACAGAUGUGUAUGCCAGUUAAUGUAUGUCUUUAUUCCAAAGCAUAUCAGCAUGCAUUCAAACACACACUGUAAACACACACACCCACACACACACACACACACACACACACACACACACACACAAACACACACACACACACACACACACACACACACACACACACACACACACACACACACACACACAAACAAAUAUCCAGCAGAGAUUAACUAGACAGUAAUAAUGUUCCCUCGGGAUGCAUUUUACUGAUACACAAACAUAAGAUGACAUAAUUUAUGAAUGUAUAACAAUUAAACCUGCAGCGGUGUUCAUAUUAUCAUAUUUAUUACACUCAAAUUACAAGAUUAUAUAGCAAGACUGAUUAACGUCACAUUAACUUUACAGUUCACAGAUAUGGCAUCCCAUAUUUGACCACAAGAUAUAUGUAAUGCAGUGUUUUUAAUGUGGUAUAUCAAGGCCAAUGAGAUUAUUAUAAAUUAUGGACUGUAUAUCCUGCUAAUUUUUGUGUAAAUUAUUAUUUGUGUUUAUUAAAACUCUGUUGAACAAGAUAUGAAUCCUUACACAUUUAUACUGUAAGAGAUUUUACCCAUGUCAUUCUAU